AUGAGGCCGAAACGAGUUGUCAACAUCCCGUUAAAAAUUCACGACGAGAUAGUAGAAGUAGCAGCACGGAGAGCCUUGCAAGAAGACCUCCACGAGCCGUCCACCUAUCGCCUCCCAGGAAAGCGAAACGGCCUUAAUUAUGACUCGCGGUUUCAGGACGACGACCAGCACUUUGGGUGGUGGCUGGCGACGCUGGCCGUCUGCCUGGCUCUACCCCUCACCGUUUGGGGAUUGGACGGGUCGCGGAAGGCCGGC